GAACAGACUGUCGCCAACAACAACAACAAUAAUAACAACAGACGCAGCGUCUGUAGUUUGUUCUUCUCUUUUUUUAUUUAAACUUUGUUUUUAUAAAGUUUAAACGUCACGUCAGUAACAUGUUAUCACGUGCGCAGCAGCUCGUCACUUCCGCCAUCGAGGAAUUCACAGAGACCGCGAAGAAGGAAAUCUGUGACAGCGUCAGAGCGAGAAGUUCACACACACCGGAGCAGCUGCAGCUGUUGCUUCAGACUCUCCUUCAGUCUCUUCUGCAGCAGUUGAGGUUCUUGUUGCAGCAGCAGGACGAUGAAGACGACUCUUCAUCACAGCCUCAGGACUCCGCCCCCUCUGCAGCAGUGGAUGUGAAAGGCCAACCAGAGCAGAUUCCUGCGACCACCAGACGGAGCGACCUGAGGGUCAGAGUCCAGCGACCAUUCCGGAGUUUGUCCUGUGGGGAGGAGUUCACCAGCAGAAGCCUCCUGCAGACGCACCAGGCGCCCGGCGGCCUGAGGCGUCAUCAGCUGACCUGUGAGCGGACGGACAGGAAGUUCCGGUGUGCAGAGUGCGGGAGGGAGUUCAGACAACACAGUUACCUGUCGGAUCACCUGAGGGUCCACCUGCAGGACAAACCCUUCACCUGUCCCACCUGUCAGAAGGGCUUCACCACCCACCGCAUCCUCCACGUGCACCAGCAAAGCGUGCACGGUGGCCUGAAGCCAUUCACCUGCACCGUCUGCAGGAAGUCGUUCAGCCAGCGGAGCGGCCUCACCGCUCACCUGCGGACGCACAGCGGCGAGCGGCCGCAUGCAUGCGAGCGCUGUGGGAAACGGUUCUCCAGCCGCAGCAGCCUGACGGUUCACCAGCGCGUCCACACUGGAGAGAAGGCGUUCGGCUGCGACGCCUGCGGGAAGAAAUUCAGCUUCUCAGCCAACCUGCGGCGCCACCGCCUGGUCCACUCCGGCGUCCGCGCCUUCACCUGCGACGAGUGUGGCCGCAGCUUUUCUCAGGCCGGACACCUGAAGGUGCACCGUGCCAUGCACAGCGCCGAGUGGGCGUUCAUCUGCGGCGACUGCGGGAAGGGCUUCCGACAGCGGGGGGCGCUGCUGCUGCACGAGAGGAGCCAUGCCGGCGUCAAACCCUUCGGCUGCAGCGAGUGUGGAAAGACCUUCUCGUCCUCGGUGUCGCUGAGACGCCACCAGCUUGUCCACAGCAAGAAGAGGGUCCACGCAUGCAGCGAGUGUGGGAGGAGCUUCACUAGCGCCCAGGUGCUGAAGACUCACCUGCAGCUGCACGGCGACAGGAAACCAUUCACCUGCGACGUGUGUGGUCGCGGCUACAGCUCGCGUAGCUACCUGACGAUGCACCGCCGCAGCCACUCGGAAGGGAAACCGUUCAGCUGCUCUCAGUGCGACAAGAGCUUCUCGUCGCAGGCGAGCGCCGCACUGCACUUGCGCACGCACAGCGGAGAGAAGCCCUUCGUCUGCGAGGUCUGUGGCAAGAACUUCAGCGUGUCGCAGAACCUGGUCCGGCACAAACGGGUCCACAGCGGCGAGAAACCGUUCAGCUGCGACGUCUGUGGGAAACGGUUCAGUCAGAACAACAACCUGAAGACGCACCAGCUGCUGCACACGGGACACAAACCGUUCAGCUGCGCCGCCUGCAGCCGCCGCUUCACCGCCCGGAGGAGCCUCCGGGUCCACAAGUGUGUCCCUGCCGGGACGGGCCAGGACCAGGACCAGGACCAGGUCUGAGCCUGAACCAGGACUAGGUCUGAACCAGGACCAGGAGAAGGACCAGGUCUGAACCAGG